AUGCCCUCCCACCUCCAAUAUCACUCACCCAAGAGCGAACCGAGCCCCGAGUCGGUGGGCAGCGGACGCAAAUCAGCCUCCAUUUCCUCGCCCGAGGGACACAGCGAGUCCUCCAAGGCCAACUGCCGCAAGCGAAAGUCGUCGGCCGAUGAUGAUGACGACGAUCUUGAUGACCUGGACGGGUUGCAACCAGUCAAGAAGACGGCUCACAACAUGAUCGAGAAGAGAUACCGCACUAAUCUCAACGAUAAGAUUGCGGCUCUUCGCGAUAGCGUGCCUAGUUUACGUAUCAUGUCCAAGAGCGCCAGGGGCGAGGACACUACCGGAGACCGAGAAGAACUGCAUGGCUUGACGCCGGCACACAAACUUAACAAGGCAACUGUCCUAAGCAAGGCUACCGAAUAUAUCCGACAUCUCGAAAAGCGCAAUAAUCGUCUGAUGGACGAGAACAAUACGAUGCAGGCGCGUAUCGCCGCGUUCGAAAAGCUCUUCAUGGCGGGUGCCAUGAAUGGCGGCGUCAGCCCUAUCCAGCAACAAUCACCAACCCCGGUGCAGUACCCUCAAGAUGCCAACCGAUACGUCAACUCGCCAAUGUCCACGCCUACCCGGACGGAUGCGCAGGGUAUGAUCCAGGUUCCAAAGGACAUGAAGCGCAUCAUUGCUGCGCAGCUAGCCACUGGUCAACCUUACCCAGUGCCGCAGCAGCCCUUCAGGGCAAACCCUGCCCUUCUGCGCCAGCAGCAAAUCCAACAGCAACAACAGCAGGCCCAGGGCAGGAAUUGGCAAAAUGCCGGUCCUUACUUCGGUAAAAUAAUGGUCGGAUCCCUUGCGGCUCUGAUGAUUCUCGAGGGUGUCCAAGAGAAUGAGCAGAGCAACCAGUCACCAGAGGGACGUGGCCUGUUCGCGGUGCCUGUGCACUUCCUGAGGCGCUUCAUGUCAUCCUUCAACGUGGACCUCAUGGGUUAUCACAUUGCCGGCGCGGAGCUGAUAUUCUCUCUCAAGAUCGUCAUGCUGCUCUGUGGCUUUUGCUGGGUGAUAUAUCCAUACCUCUUUAAGCGCGACUCGGCCAACCCAAAGGCUUCAAAACAAGUCCAGCCAUCGCUUGCGGCUGCUCCUUCUUUGGCAUCUCCGAUCCAUGUACGACGCCAGGCAUGGCUCACGGCCGUGCAAACUGUCUGGGUUCCCCGCCACAAUUUCUUCCUUGAAGCUGCUGCCCUGGGCCUCAAGGCUCUCAAGCUGAGCCUCAGGAACCUAACCGGUGUCGAUGGAUAUCAGAUGCUGACUGGGCUCACUGAGGUUCAGGAGGUUGCCCGUGUCAAGGCAUGGACCAUUGCUCUCGAUGCUCAACUAGCAGGUGGUGACGUUGAGAUUAGCAAGAGUCGUCUCACGCUGACCCUGCUUGCGUCCGGCACUUUGCCGGACACUCCAUUACGUCUCAUGUUGAAGGCACUUCAUAUCCGCGUUCUGCUAUGGGAAGUGGGUCUUUCGGGCAUGAACCUCGGGGUAUUCAACACGAUGGCCAUGAAAAUGGCGCGGGUGAAGUGGAAUGAAGCGAAGCAGUUGCACAGACUACUGACGCAACUACGUCGCGGUGGCCACGAACAGUCUGACGACAAUUUACCUGACCACCUUGCCGUAUUACUCGAGCAAGAUGCCGAUGAUGUACUCAACCCCAGCAUCAUUCAGCGUGCCCACAACCUAGCCUGGAAUCGACCAACGAGACACAACGCCAUCGGAGUAACGGACGGCAUGGACAUGGUUGUGGAUGACACCGCUGUGCGAUCACCAAUGGAUGCCGUGGCAGCAUGGUGGUCAAGCAUGACGCUCCAAACCGCUCUGCAGGACAGCCUAUUGAGAGAUGAUGAGGACGGUGAAAUCAGGCAGCUGGUUGAGGAUGGCGUCACACUUGCUAUUAGAACAGCCCCUAUCGGAUCUGUAGCGCAGAAUCGCGCUCUGGUUGCCCGAGCUGUCCUUUUCAACGAGAAACGAGGGGCGAACAUCGCAGCUGUCAUACAAGCCAUCGGUCCACUGCCGGCUUCCGCGGCCACUGGAGACAGUGCUACUGUGUCAGAGCCCACGCCGCCGAGUACGCCGCAUAUCAACAUUCCAGCUUCAAUACUGACCGAGGCCGAGAUUUACAUGUGCCUUCAGUGUGCCAAGGCCAUCGCGCACCUUCAGCGAUACAGUCCGCCCGAUGAGCCCACCAGUGUUUAUCCGAUCAUUGACGAGGAGAUCCAUGUCAGCAACGAAAUGUCCUUGCUGGGAUAUACGGCUGCAUUCACACUCAUGGAACGUCUUGCGGGGCAUGAGUUCGCGGCGGAGGCGUGCAGUGGGGCCCUCGAGAGGCUCUCUGGUGGCCUUAGGAUUUGGACGGGCAAGGACAGCUGGCUAGAGCCCGAGGUGAAGCAGGAGAUGGUCGAGAGAUGCCUUGCCGUCACUCGUGGGGUCGUCGGUAUGGACGUCGAGACCGACACGGGAUAUGGAAGUAUGUCUGGCAGCGAAGAAUUCCGUGAUGAGAUUGUCGAUGCUUCAGAUGCUUCGGAUGUGGCAAACGACUCGCCGUGCAUGGAGUGCAGAACUUCCGUUGAAGCAAAUUAA